CAACCUCUUGAAAUGUAACUAAAUGUCCUCCCUCUGUCUCCUCUGUCUCCCUCCAUUGUUUCACCUUUCAAGUCUCUCUCUCUCUCUCUUUCUUUCUCCCUCCUCCAUGAUUCCACCAAGAGAAGAAAUGGAGGAAGAGGGAGAAGAAGAGGUUGCAAUCCACGACGGUGAAUCUCAACUCCAAGGCAAACGUGGUGGCUGGAUCACCUUCCCCUUCAUCUCAGGGAACAUCUUUUGGUUAUCAAUUGCGCUCAGUGGUGCGGUGAACAACAUCAUAGUGUACCUCAUCCAGCACUUCAACGUCAAGCCUAUUGAUGCUGCUCAAAUCUCCGGCAUCAUCAAUGGCUGCACCAGCGUCGCCCCACUCUUCGGUGCCAUACUCUCUGACUCUUACUUCGGCUCUUACCGUGUCGUCGUUUACUCUUCCAUCAUCUCACUCAUUUCGAUGAUCAUGUUCACGCUGACAGCCACCGUACCUGGGCUCCAGCCGCCACGAUGUGCUCCUGGAGGGAGCGACUGCAAGCCGGCAUCAUCAGGGCAGCUGGCUGUUCUCUAUGGGGCCGUCGCAUUGAUGUCAAUAGGCACGGGAGGAACACGGUUUAACAGUAUGGCAAUGGGGGCUAACCAGUUCGAUGAACCCCGGGAUCAGAAUGUGUUCUUUAACUGGUAUCUGGUGUUGCUCUCAAUCUCCUCAAUCAUUGGAGCGACCGUGAUCGUCUACAUUGAAGACAGUGUGAGUUGGACUAUGGGAUUCAGCAUAUGCACAGCAGCGAGUGCCGUGGCUGUGGCCACUCUUCUUCUUGGCUCCCGAUACUACCGGCAGACCAGGAUAAAGGGCAGUCCAUUCACCAGCAUGGCUCAAGUUGUCAUCGCGGCAUUGAAGAAGAGGAAGCUAGCCCCAGCCAAAGACAGCUCUGCAUAUUAUCAGGCAAAAAGCAAUAGUGCGCAUCCGGUUUCACCUGCGCUUCCUACAAAUUUCUUCAGCUUCUUGAACAAAGCUGCAUUGGUCACUGAAAGGGAUGGCAAUGCCGAUGGCUCUGUUGCGAAGAAAUGGAGACUCUGUACAGUACAACAAGUGGAAGAUCUCAAGACUUUGAUCAAAAUCAUACCAUUGUGGACUUCCACCAUCUUCAUUACCGUGUGCAUUGCCAUCCAGAUGAACCUCUCAAUCCUUCAGGGUCUUACCAUGAACCGCAGACUCAGCGCCAGAUUCUCCAUCCCACCCUGCAUCACUGAUAGUCAUCGCCCUUGCUGCCAAUGCUGUCGCACUGUCCCUCCUCGAUCGCAUAAUCUACCCUGCAUUGCAAAAGCUAGCUGGCCUCAAUCCGACACCGCUCCAGCGUAUCGGCAUUGGUUGCCUGCUUAACGUGGUAAGUAUGAUGGCA